AUGGUGGACAAAUAUUUCACUUCUCAUAAGUUAGCCAAAAGUGCUAAUGGAAAGAUUGUUAGUUCAAUUGUCUUGGAUAGUAAGUUUUGGCAAGACUAUAUUACCACUGUGAAAAUUGUUGGUCCUCUGAUUAAGCUGUUGAGGCUUGUUGAUGCUGAUGAAAAACCCUCUUUGGGAAUUGUGUAUGAAGGCAUGAAAAGAGCAAAAAAUGCUAUCAAGACAAUGUUUAGAAAUCAAAAAGCUGCUUAUACGCCAUACACGAGUAUCUUGAAAAUGAGGUGGGAUAAGCAUUUGAAGCAUGAUCUCCAUGCAGCAGCAUACUAUUUAAAUCCAGGCAUUUUCUAUAGUGAGGGUUUUGUUGAGAAGGCAAAUGUUUUGAGAUCUUUACUUGAUUUGCUUGAUGUUGAAACACUUUAUGAUGACUCAGUUGCUGCAAUGCAAAAGAUACAGCUGUAUCGAGAUUGUAAAGAAAGUUUUGGGAGGGAAAGUGCUAAGAGAGCGGCAUCAAGACUCGAACCUGGUGAAUGGUGGAUGCUACACGGUGGGAGUGCUUCUAAUUUGCAAAAAAUGGCAGUCCGUCUUCUUCAUCAAACCUCUUCUUCAUCUGGAUGUGAGAGGAACUGGAGCCUUUUUGAACAAAUCCAUUCAAAGAGGAGGAAUCGGUUAGAGCAUCAAAGGCUAAGUGACAUUGUUUAUGUCACCUAUAACCUACGCCUUCAAUCUAGGUUGCAUCGAAAGAAGAGGAAUUAUAAUCCAAUUGACAUUCAAAGCAUUGACACAGUAGAUUUUUGGGUAAUGGAAGAUGAGGAUGAUCUUGAAUUUACUAAUGGAAAUGUUGAAGGCAUUGAAAGUUUAAUAUACACUGAUAAUGCUAUGCCUUCGUAUCCUAAUGAUGGUGGAGACAUGGAAGUUGAAGUGGAUAUGCCUGAUGUUGUAAUUGAAUCCUCAAAUACUUCUUUUGGUGGUAUUUCUGAAGAUACUGGCUUUGGAUUACCUGUUUAUGAUGGAGACAUCGGAACACUUAAUGAUGAUUAUGACUUCUGA